AUCGUCUUCAAGGUCAGGGGAAGCAGGCCCUGUCGCCAUGUCGAGGCUUGCUCGGCCUGCUUUGCUGUGUCUUGACUGGCGCGCGCUUGCAAACGAAGCUCGACGCUGGAAAUGCUCGAUAGCGCUUGAUAGCCGAAGCGAUAUGCCUCCCUUUGGUGCUCACUUCCUUCCUCGAUCCAGACCCGCUCCCCGUAUAUUCAGACGAGCAGCAUUCAGAGAGGCUCGGCCAUGUCCAUCGAACGUUGAACCAGCAUGAAACUCAUCUCCUUCGAAACGAACAAGACAGUGUCGCACCAUGACCAGAUCCUCGGCGUCCCUCCUCCUCACGAGCGAUGUCGAGCGGACCAGCCUCGCACCAGCUCAGCAACGUCUCGGUCAACGCCUAGCGCGUCUCUGAGGGCGUCGCAAGAGCCUCACACGAUGGCUCGGGUUGACCCUGUCUUGCCGAGGUUGCUUGGCUCGCUCAAACUUGCCUGCAUCCUGCUCAAGAGAGGAUGCACUUUCAUCUGCUCGGCCUGGUGCCGGUCAUCUGUUCGCUCUCGUUCGUGCAUGCCAACGCUCGCCUACAACAUCGUCACACACACGGCAAACGUCAGGCCAACUCGAUCAAUGUCGAUGUCAACGUCGACGGUUUGGCCACUUUCAGAGGAUCGCUCAAUCCCAAGGGCGUCGAGACGUUCCAUUCGAUUCCUUACGUCGAAAAGCCAGGACGGCUGGAAGCCCCUCGAACACUCAAGGGGCCCCUUGUGCCCGCCUUUCGAUCGGCAACCACGCAGGCACCAGCAUGCCCGCAGCUCGAUACUCCUAUGUCGAGCGAGAUUACCCCGGCAAUCAAGCAGCAGAUCGGUCAGGAGCUCGGCAUCUUAGGCCUCGAAACCGCCGUCGCUGGACUUUCGAGAGCGCCCACGUCGGAGGAUUGUCUCUAUCUGUCAAUCUAUCGUCCCAAAGGCACGACCGCUACCGAUAGGCUGCCUGUCCUCGUCUGGUAUCACGGCGGUGGCUACACGACCGGUUCGUCAGCCUUGUACGAUGGCUCUGACAUUGUCGCCAUGAGCGUCAGACUCGGCACGCCCAUCGCCGUCGUCGUGCCCAACUACCGCCUCGGUGCCUAUGGUUUCCUGGCGGGUCAGCAGAUGCAAGAUGCUCUCUUGUCCAAUCUCGGCUUCAUGGACCAGCGCAUGGCCCUCUUCUGGAUCGCUUAUCACUCGAGAUCGUUUGGCAUAGAUCCGUUCAAGGUCACCAUCAGCGGUCAAUCAGCCGGCGCAGCCAGUGUCGGCUAUCAUACCCUCUUCGCAAACGGCAGGACAGCCUACCUCUCACACCUCUUCAGAGCGACGAUCGAACAGAGCGGCGACCCUUCAUACUUUAUCGGGACCAUGACUGACGGCCAGGCCUCAUUCGACACGCUCGCUCAUGCCUGCGGGUGCGGCCACGCCAAGGAUCCCAUUGCUUGCCUCCGAGCGGUACCUGCAGACCAGUAUGCAGCCAGCACUCGCUACCUCGGGCGCGUGGCAUACAACAGCAAUCUGAAGCCCUUCGGUAUCAAGAUGGACAACCGCUGGCUCACCUCGACUGCAACCAAAGCGCUCCACGACGGCCUUUUCUCGCACGUGCCUUCUAUCAGUGGUAGCGCGACGGACGAAGGCACCUUACCCGCCCUCAACAGUGCAUACAUAGCUACAAAGGCCGCCUCCUUCGCCGUCUGGGUCUCUGCAUUUUUUGGCAACAAGCUCACAGCAGAGGAGAGUGACAAUGUUGCUAGGCUCUAUCCGGACGAACAAGCGAAUGGCUCGCCUUAUGAUAGCGGAUCGAUGCCGGUCGUCAAUCCGCUCUUCAAAAGAGUGGCAAGCUUUCUAGGCGACUAUUCCGUUCAGUCGAGUCGUCGACGCUUUGCGGAAGCUCGUGUCGCCCAGAACGUACCGACUUACACCUAUCAGUGGAACGCGACCAGAGUCUUACCGGUCCUGGGGGCCUGUCACGCGUCUGACGUGCCUGCAUGGUGGUAUGAGAGUUGGGACAAGACUGGCAUGGGCGCAGCGAUGCGUCAGUACUUUGUCUCCUUUGUCGCUACACUCAACCCCAAUCCUGUCAAGCCGGUCACUCCACUUCCUCAUUGGCAGCCUCGUGGACAAGGAGGCGAGCAGAUCCUGUUUGACUCGGACAAAGUUGUGGCCGGAAAUGACAACUACCGCAAGACUCAGAUUGACUAUCUUAUUCAACUUCAAGACAGUCACUACAGCUGAACAGACAGCGGACAAUGUUGUAUCUACUCAUAGCUUGCUUGCCUGC